UCAAUGAAACAGGAUGAAGGUUUUGCCUUUAAUUUGUUGAUCUAUCAUGAUCAUGAUCAUGAUCAACAAAUUAAAGGCGAAAUUAUAAAACCAUUCAAUGAGCUUGACAUUUUUAAGUCAAACGUAUGUGUCCUGACAAUGUUUAUCCUGUAUUUACUUGGUAUUGAUGCCAAAAUUUGCAGUAUCGCCCACUCCUAGCACUUCGUGUCUUUGUCAAAGAGUACAGCGCUUUUAUUUUGAAGGCCUCAUUCGCCUCUUAAAUCCUUCCAAUGGCCUUGAAGGAUUCUGUUAUGUUAUAAAUGCUAAAGCAAAGCAUUUAAACUAAACCAUGAGAAAACAGAAUAGCAUAAAAAAUAAUGUACUUUAAUGUACAUAAUGUUGUGAGUGGAGAUGAAUGUAAUUGGACUUAGGAAAUAAAUACAUCAAGAGACACACAUGCAAGUGAAGCGAUGUAUUCAGAUUAUGUAAGAUGUCACCUGUCGAGAUGAGCCUCCGUACAUUCCACUCGAGCAGGUGUCGGAACACAACAUCGUGUAUUCACAAACACACACUAAACACAAAGUCAUUACCUGUUUGUUAGUACAGGAUCUCCGGCCGUACACACAUUCUGCCCCCUGUGUUCAGUCGCUCGGUCGGCUUGCUGCGGCAGUGUUAGUCCGUCCAGACGACAAGUUGCCCGGCUAACAUAGAGAGCUGAGCCCCUCCUCCUCCAGCACGGUGACAUCAGAGCGGAUUAGAGAUGCAGCAAGCGGAUGCUGACAUGGAGCAGACGCUUGUUUAGCUGGGAGGGAAGCUUCACACUCGUCAUCAUAGCGCAGCGAUGGAUGAUCUACAGGAGCAGCCAAGUGUUUAUAGUUGCCGUAAAGAGGAAGAAUUGCAACCAUCCAGCAGUGUGCCUUAUACUCUGCACUGGGAGCCAACCUGAGCCUCACCUCCGAUAUCCCGUCUGACUGUUCUCUUCCUGUGCUUGUCUGGUUUUCUUUAUUCCUGUCAGCCAGUCAGUCACAGUAAAAGUAGGUGAGCUGGAGCCCAGCCCAGUUGAAUUUUGGAGUAUGAAAAUUGGAGUCCAGGUGGCAGAGGCAGUCAUACAGUAUGAGCAGGGAGACCCACAAUUCCCUGUCUCUGACCACCUCCUCUACUUCCAACGGUUGGACAUCUAGGUCAACCUCCAGGAUUUCGUCAUGUUGUAAUCGCGCCAAUUCUCGCAAAUUUAACCGACCCCCGUGAAUUAUGCGAAGCACCGCAAUUUUGGCCAAUCAUCGUCAAACCUGCAAGUCAACUGUCUAACCAAUCAAAUGUGCCGCUGCAUGGCCCACCCACAUCCUCACUUCCUUGUUCACAUUGACAGAGAUGUGGACGUGUGAUGAUAAUCCCUUCAUUUUCUCACAUUUACCAACAAACAUCUACGCGAUAGACCGCACUCAACAGUUCCCCAAUGUUCUCAACAAAAGUGGAAAAUAAAAAGGUUUACUAUCGACACUUUCCACAAUUACUACUUAUUCUUCAACAAUUUUCCCUGUUAGAAUUACACAAGAGUGAAAAUCAAAAAGAAGCUCAGUAUUGCAACUUUCACUUACUUAUUUUAUUGCAAUAAACACCUAAAAAAAAAACCACUGUAACUUCCAUGGCAAUUUUUAGGUAAAACUGCAAAAUCAGGCAUCUCUAAAAAGGCCCUCAAGAUUCUGGGGGGGACUGGUAAAUGGCUGUCAAUGUUCAAAAAUGUGCUCUGCACUUGAGUUGGAUAGGCAAAUAGAGUCGUCCCUCACUACUUUGUACUUUGAAGUUUGCAGCUUCACUCCAUCAUGCUUUUUCAAAAAUAGAUCAAUAAAUUGUGGUGUUUUGUGGUUGAAUACGGCAUAUUAUUAGUCAAAAAAUACGCAUAAUUCAGCAAUCUUUAUGUAUUUUUUGCCUAAAUUAAGAAUUUUCAAGCAUAAAAAUGAACUAAAAUUCAAAUAUAAUGCAUUCAGAAGACGCAUUCAAAGACAUUGUGACAAUAUGUAGUUGCCUACACUGAUCACUAGGUGUCAGUAAUGUUACUGUAAUUUUUGUUGAGACACACAAGCACCAGACUUGAUCACCAGAACAACAGGCUUUCAUUGCAGGUUUGAAUUAUCUCACAACAGGCAGAAUAAUCCUUAACACAGGCUACUGUUGCAGCUGUAACCCACGCCAAGCUAGAACGCAACUCCCGCCCUCCACUCAACUCCCCUUGCACCGUAACACAUUUACAGCAACACACAUGAGCACAAGUCUUAUAUGUCUCAUUUUCUGUUAUUAUGUCUACUAUAUUGGGUAAUAUGAGUGCAAAGGUGACUAUAGGGGUGUUACUUCAUGUCUAGAGGGCUCUAAUAACUUUAAAAACCAUAUUUAGGUGGUCGUAAACAGGUUUUCUAUGUUUUAACUAUGAAAAUGUUCAAUUUAUAAAUGAGGAAUGCUAUUGCAGAAAUUCACUUAGCAUGGUUAUUUAACCGCAAUAAACAAGGGAUUGCUGUAAAGCAUUUUUUUUUGUUAGAUUUGGUGACGUUCUGUGCUUUUUACAGUUAAAAAGAACACUUGAUAACCAAUUCAUUAAAUCACAAGCUGAUACCAUGUUAUUGGAAAAAAUAAGCCUCGGUCAAGUUUUUGUGAAAAAGCUCCCGCAAUCACAAAUCACAAAAAACCCCAUGAAAUCCUGAAGGGACUGCGUAGCAUGUCCUUACAGGUCUACCACGGAGUCUCCUUCCAGUUGGGCAUGACAGAAUACUUUCCUAAGGAGCCAACUGAGAGGCAUCCUCGAUACAGUUGUGGUCAGACGUUUACAUACACUCAUCAUGGGCAUGGAUGUCAUAUUAUAUCCCAUAAUGAUUUAUUUGAAGCACUCUUUUUGCAGGGUGGAAUGAUUACACAAUGUACAUCUUCAGUGAUUUUUAAAAACAACAGUUGGGUGCACAAGUCUAAUUUAAACAGGGUUCAAAUUUGACAUAACAGCUCAAACAUAUCCAAACAUCCCCAUAUAUGCAAGUUGCAGUAGCAUUUUAGUCUGACAUUGCUAUUCAUUUCUGUGGGUUAAACCUCAACUGUUAUGGAGUGUAUACGUUUUUUGGGACACUUUGUAUAUGCUCAUGCUGAAAGCUCCAUUUCCAUUAAUAACUCUCUGCACUUCCUACUUUCUCUCACCACUCUGUUCCACACCCCCUUGCUCUUUUUUCCUUCUUCCAUCACUGCUUUCCAACCAUUCACUUCCAUUCUCAUCCCCUCUCCCCUCCCUCCUCUUUAUUGGGCUCUGCUGUCCACAUUUGGGACAGUCUGCAGUGUUUUGCCAGUCUGUGAGCUGGAGAGCUGCAACUUAAAGGAGAACUUUUCUUCUUUUUAAAAAUUUUUUUUAUAUAAAAUGGGUUUCAACUCAGGAAGGGUUGCACUGCUUCCAGUCUACGUUUUGGCUUUAGCUGCCACCAUCCAAGCCCACAUGCCGUUGUUGCCGGGCUCCUGCAACUUUGAGGCCGACACCUGCGGUUACACGUCAGAUGCAGACUUUACCAGCUGGACCCUACACAAAGACGGACAUUUUGUUGCUGUAGAUGCAGCUUUGAAUGACGACGACGACGAUGACUCGGACAAAAGUGCAGAUGUGACGGCUAUCUUGUUGAGUCCGGUUCUGGAGCAGAGCGAGUGGAGCUGCCUGAGGCUGGUCUACCAGAUCAGCGGCUCAGGAAGCCUGCAGGUCCUGCAGCGCUUGGAGGGACAGAGCUUUGACAGGCCGAUGUGGAGUAGCCAAGAACCGUCAGACAGCUGGGUCAUUGCAAGCAUGGACCUGCACAACAGGACUGAGCCUUCGAGGGUUGUCAUUGAAGGUAAACCUGGGCGGACGGCUGGGAGCAGCGUGGCCGUAUUUGAGAUCCACAUCAGCCCCGGAUACUGCCUGGAGUGCGACUACGAGGAGUCUCACCUCUGCGGGUACAAUAACCAGUGGAAUGCGAAUGUAAACUGGUAUGUGGGAAGUGGUGGCGGGGGCCAGCUGCUUCACAACAACCUGCCAGACGACCACACACACAACAACAGGACAGGUCACUUUAUGUACGUGGACUCCAUCUACUCCAAAACGUUCAAAGAAGUAGCCAAACUGGUGUCUCCGAUGACCACGGUGCCCAUGUCUGGCUGCUUGACGUUUCACUAUCAGCGCAGUGACGAAGGAGGGAACCUCUUCUCUGUUUACACUCGAGACCGACUGGGUCAGUACCAGGAGCUGUGGAGGGUGGAUCCAGAGAGCGAAAGCGACUGGAGCGGGACACACGGAGAGUGGAUACCUGUGCAGGUGGACCUCAGGGCUCCUUACUCUGUGCAGGUGGUUUUCGAGGUGGCCUUCAAUAGCCCGAGAGGAGGGCACGUUGCACUUGAUGACAUUUCAUUUUCACCUGAGUUCUGCAGCUCUGACACAGAGCCCACCUUUGAUCCCUCCAUUGCCAACUGUGACUUUGAGUCAGGCUUCUGCCAGUACACCCAGGACCAAAAGAUCGGAUCAUUGUGGAGGAGGGUGUGCGUGAAGCCUAACAUAUUUAGGAACGGGGACCACACAUCAGGAGCAGGUACUUUCUUGUUGGCUCACUCCCAGCUGGGCACGCAGUCCAGCUACAUGAGUCGCUUAGUGAGUCCCACACUGGCUGCCAACAUGAAGUACUGUCUGAGAUUUUACUUCAUUCUCAGGGGUUUCAACCACACGGACCAGGCCCUGGCAGUGUACCUGCAGCUGGGCAGCAGCCAGGAGAAGAUCUGGACUCAGGGGGAGAAGUCCAGAGGGAUAUGGAUAGCAACAGAUGUGACCUUCCACACAUCACAACCUGCCAAGGUGGUUUUUAUCAGCUCCUGCAAGAGUCUGUGGGACUGUGGAUCUGUGGCACUGGAUGACAUCAGCAUGAGUCUGGGAGACUGCGAGCUGACAGCAGGGAUGUCCUCAUCCCUCCCAGGGUGGUGUGACUUUGAAGCGGGUUUGUGUGGUUACACGCAGGACAAGCAGAGUGAUGCUGCCGACUGGGAGUGGAGGAGAGGACCGACUCCGACCUCAUUCACUGGACCCAGAGGAGACCAUACGACUGGACUUGGAUACUACCUGUACAUGGAAGCAUCUCCAAUGCUUCCCAGCCAGACGGUCCGCCUGCUGUCCCGCCCUCUCAGGGGUUCGAGAGAGCCUCAGUGUCUGUGCUUCUACUACCACAUGUACGGCUCGGGCAUGGGUCAGCUCAGCGUUCACCUGGAAAAAGACGGAGAAGAUGUUUUGUUGUGGCAACGAAGAGGCGAGCUGAGCGUCGCCUGGCUGAGGGCUGCGGUGGAGUACCAGAGCGACGGCCAACAUCAGAUUGUGUUCGAGGCAACCAGAGGUUCAUCAGUCAGGAGUGACAUUGCCAUUGAUGACAUCGUCUUGGAAAGCGGACCAUGUCCAGCAACAGAGACGAAAGCCCCCGUGGGAACAUUCAACGAGAUCGAGUAGAGGAAAACAGCAGCAUCAAGCAGCAUGCAUGAACUGUUCUUUUUUUUUUUUUUUGGACAUUUCAGAGGACUCUAAAGGCUUUUGGACGGCCCAUUCAAGCACGUGGUCACAGUUUUGUGGAAUCGUUUUCAUAGCGCACCAUUUUACUUUUCUCUGUGCAGUAACAAAAACAAAACUGCUAUGUUUAUCCUCACAUUUAUAUGCAUUAGAUUAAUGCUCAAUUAAAGCUACGGUU